GAACGGGACGGUCGAUGGUCUCGUCGCACGUGGCACACUAACCCGAUAGAGCGAUAAAUAAGAUUUUCUUUCUGUCCGCACUCGCCUAUCAGCUGAUGUAGACAGCUCGUUAAUUCUGUACAAAUUGCGAGUUAAUGUCUUGUAACACGAAAAUUUGCAUAGCGUCACGUCACUGUGCAAAGAAACGCUUGCUAGAGCGCGUCUACCAAUAGUCGCCGGCGCAAACGCGCCGCGGACGCCGACAAUUACCAUUUUUUACCGGCAAUUUUCUAAAUUCAAAGAUAGCUUCGCGAUUCUGCCUAGAAAACGAAACGAAACGUAACAUUUUCAAACGAGUUCUGAUUUCGAAAUUUUAAAAAUAAAUUGUGCGAUCGAUCGACUUUUUUUUAAAGGUGCAUUUGUGUUUGAUUAUUGCAAGUUUUCAAGUGGCCAGUGUUUAAGUGCAAUGAAGUGAAAUAUAUAUAUUUUUUAAUAAUGGAAAGAAGUGUUUUAGCUGAUACAAGGCACGUUCACUGGGCGUCUGAACUGCACUCGGAGUACCGCAGCACAUACCGAUGGCACGAGUACAAGGAGCAGCAGCAGGGCGUGGUGAAGCAGCCGGCCCCCACGCCCCCCUCAGCCUUGCUUUUACAACGGGGUCCCAUGGAGCCGGCCAUGCCCCGUCGGAAGAAGUAUCCUGGGGUGGCGUACAAAUCCAACGAGUUCUUUGACCCUGCGCCGGCAGACGACAUCAGACCCCAAGAGACGUCUGCUGUUGACCGAGCUAGGAGCUCGCAAAGAAACGAAGCGGACCGCGCCGGGAGGCGCAGCAAGUCUGAGGGUCCCCGCCAACCGCGAUGGACGGACACCGUGGAGCCUAAGGCGACCACAGCCCUUGGGGAUGUCGUGGCCGCCAAAGAGCCAGAUGUCGUAAGCACCGAGUACAGGAAUCAGUUCGCCUGGCCCAAGGACACCACGGACUCCGCUCCACGGAAGAGCAUUUCCAUGGGAGCCCUGAAAAAGGCUGCCGCGGCCGAAGGGUCAGUGGAAGCUGAACCUCUCAUGAACCACGUGGACGGUGACCACGACGACGGCCACAAACGGUACAUAGAAGACUACCUAUGGAACGGACAGAAGAAGGGCGUACAAAGAAAAUCAACGUUCCGUAGCGCGCUAUCGGCCCUCAUAUCCAACGGGGAGGAUCGUUCGAAAGAUAAUAGGAAACGUUACAAAAGCGAGUACAAAAAGAAAUUUAGACCGUUCUCUCAGUACGUGUACGAGGCGUCUAAAGGGACAUUUACGAAAUGCAGGGGGAAAGGAAAGACGAAUGAGGAGGCGAGCGAGAGGAUGCUCCCGGAGCAGAGUGGGGGGGCGGGGUCAGGGGCGGAGGGGGAUGACACGGCGACCACGCUGCGCGCCGCGGGGCUGCAGCCGCUGGGGCUCUCGCAGGGCGACUCCUGGUACCGAGAGGUGCUGGACCUGAGAAAGCGCGCCGGCGAGUACAAGUACCGCGGCUGGGGAACCGAGCUUGCUCCCGAGCACAUCACCCAGCUUUACAAUAAGCAAAUCGAGCUCUGGUACCAAGUAUCCCGAAGGUCCUCGCUGUCAGCCCUAUCACUCGCUUCCACCAAUCACAAGGCUCUGCCAAGAGACGAGAAAGAUGGAAAAGACUCUAAGAACCAUUCACCCAAGAAGUUCCGAUCCUUCAAGUCGGCUCCGCACCAGUCAAUCCACGCCAAGCUCCAGGAGACGAAAGCUCAGGAGCGGUCGCCUCAUAAGACUUCACCGCAGAAGCAGAGGAAGAAGCUUCAGGGCCAUAGCUUUGAUGAAGGCGCGACGCAAGAAGGUAAAACCGGAGAUAACUCGGCGUUCCGUUCCCCGCGGCGGCGCCCGCGCUCCGCCGACCCUGCGCCUGCGCACAAGACUCUCCCCAACGGACACGACGCGCAGCCAAGACCGAAUAAACCUACCGGUUUGCCGUUGAGUAGAGGGGCUAGUAGUAGAGUUAGGUCGACAUCCAGGGGGGGGCGGUCUCCCUCCGCGCCGAGCAAACCCGGGGCCGCUAGCGGGGCCGCAAACGGGCCCACCGGGACCGUGGGCCGAGGCCGCCGCAGCCGCAGCGUCUCGAAAGUGGGCAUAAAAUUGGAUGAUGAAAUACCGAAUCAUCGUAGCGCAUCGGUCGCCAAAGAUCACUACUUUGACGAUUCCCCGGUGGUGAAGUCCCCACCGGAGCCCACCCGGGUCAAGUCCCCGGAACAAAUGAACAUGCGUUCCCCUGACCCGGUCAACUGGACCGUUCCCCUGGACACUGGGAAGACGUUCACCGUCACUCAGAACGUAAAAAGCGAUGAGAGCGUUAAGCGCCCUAGCUCUGAGUUUAAAGGUGGGUCCAUAGCCGAAGAGCCCAUCGUGAAGCCGGCAGCCCCGGCAGAAAUCGCCCCGAUCCACCACCAACAAAUGUCACCAAUCCGCUCACUGAAAAAGAGCGAGUCGCCUACAAGCCUUAGCAAGCGCACUGAUAAGACUCCAACCACGCCCAUUAGCUUGACUCCAAUCGAUGAGACGAAAGCCUUGGAUAUGAACAAAGUGAACGGAGUGAACGGCGUUAAUGGCAUCAAUAGCAAUCAAUUGACUCCCGAAACUCCAGUUCAAGAACCUCUGAAAGAGAAAGAGGUAGUUAAAAAGUCUACUGAAGCAACCCAAGUGGCGCCAGGUGUGGUGGACACUACCGUUGUGAAUGAGACUCCGGCAGGAGGGCUCACAGCGUCCGAAGUGUUGGAUCGGGCUCGUACAAGGUUCGACAAGUUCUGGGGCAAAAAAGAAGACGAUGUUUAAUCUAUUUAGUAACAAACAGUGCUAAAACCUUACUAUGACAUUUGAAUAACGCAUUUUUGAACAUCUUAGUAAAAUUUUUGCAUGACUACGUAUAACUAUGGUCAUUGCUCAUAUACCUAAUAUUCAAAUGUCAUAGUUUGAUAAAGCAUUUAUAAUGAACGUAGGAAAAAAUAAACUGCAGUGUUUAAAACUGUUUUUAAGGAAAAGCUUCGCUUUAUAACGACGACUGUAUUUAUUAAUCAACUAGGUAUUUAAUUAUCUUGAAUACGAUCACUAUCUAUGUAAUAGGAGUGUGGUGGCUUGUGAUAGUAGAUUGAUCAUUGAAAGAUAGGAAUUACUAACCGAUCAUUGGAUGUGUUAUGUAAUUAAACGGAAUUUUUGUCAAUUUCUUAAAUUAUUUAUCAAUUUAUAUUGUCAAUAUCGAAUAUUUGGAAUUCUUAAAUAAUUUAAUAACCUAUUUUAGUAUUCAAUUCAGAAUAUUUUGAUUACUCACUAAAAAGAAAGUAACAAAUAUCACAGGAUUAAUAAAGUACUAACGUACGAAAAUGUUUUACUUCUCUAUUCAGUAUUAAACUAAUUUGUUGCUUUUAUUAAUAAAAUAAUUUAAUACAUGUUAGAAGAUGAUGUUUAAAUCGCCUAAGCUUUAUAUCUAAGUUAAGACUACUUAUUGACAAUUAGCGUAUUUAUAAUUAAUCUAUAUCGUAUGGAAAAAUCCAAAGUAAGAUUAAAUUAUGCAGAAUAGCCGAUAAAGUUUGCGACGAAACGGUUAUAUAAAAAAAAAAAAUCUUCAGUGUGACAGUUUACGUUCUAUGUCAGUCUUAAUAAACGCGUUCCAAACAUAAAUUUCUUAGUCUCAAUAGUAAUAAAAAAUAACAAAUUCUUUUAAAGUUGAAAAAUAAAAUUUCGUUGUAAACGAUAAAUCAGACAAAAUAAAUUAUUAAACCGUCCAGCGUAGCAUCUUUUGGCCAAUAUUUAAUUACAUAUGAACUUAUUUUCACUUCAAUUUUUUAUGCAAGUAUUGUUGAUUGAACUCUGCGAGAACCAAUCAGUAACAAGAUAUAAAAACGGCGGGAAAAUAACUAAAUCACACAAAAGUUUCAAUUUGUUUUAUUUUACAAAACAAUAAAUUAGUCUGGAAAAAUGGAAUUUUCGCGUAAGUCUUGCCGUAUUUGUUUGUCAGAAACAGAGUUCAACGUUUCUUUAUUUGGAAACUAUUCACAAAGAACCAACAUGAUAGACAAAAUUCUAGUUUGCCUUAAAAUUGUGAUCGAGGAAACUGAUAUUUUGACUACGAUUUGUUACAAAUGCGCUGAAAACAUUGAGAAAUACUACGAUUUCGUUGCUUUUGUAAAGAAAUGUCAAACACGAAUAGAUGAAGGAUAUCAUGACGUACGCGCAAGAAAUAUAGAAUCAUCGAAUCUGCCCAAUAGACGUCACAUUACGUCGUACGUUCGCGAGCAGGUUUACGAUGCGGAUUAUACGUUCUCGUUCCUCGAAAUGCCAAACAAUGAAGAGAAAAAGGAAUGUAAGACUUCUAGCCCGUUUUUCUCCUAUUUCUCACCUCCGAAUGUGUUGGUAAAGCAAUCGCCGAGCGAGCCAGUAUGGAAGACGCCUCACCCAAGGGAAGGAACGCAGAAAUCUGAUAAAAUUGAAGGGAAAUUUAAAAGACAGUGCAAGUCGGAUGUUCGGGUAGGUCGCCACCACUCCAGAGACUUAUUUGAGUCUCAGUCCCAGGAGGUGGAAGAAGCGGAGCCCAGGUCAUUAGACUGGAGACUGACUCCGGACGACAACAUUAUAAAGAGAGUCAGAGAAAAAUGUUUCGGGCGGUCAGAUUUCUAGGUCAGGUUACGGUUAUAAAUAACACUUUUAACAUUGUUAUUAUUUUGUUAGAUUUAUUUAUGAAGUUACAAUUGUCAGAUAUUUAAUUCUUAACGUCUAUGGAAUUCUGUAGAAACAGGGUACUUAGGGAAAUUAAUUUAUGAAUUUUGAAAAUAGGACUAUUCAGUGUAAGGUCUUAUUUGAUGGACUACAAUAGCUCAUGUAAAUGAACUGAUGAGUAGGUACAAUCUGUACAAGUUUGUGAUAUGUACUAUUUCUAAAAUCCUGGUUCUAAGCCACAAUUCUAAUUUACCAAAAGUCCAUAUGCAUCCUUCCAUCAAAGUAAUGUACUCAGAUGUUGAUAAACAUUAUUUUGUAAUGCUUUUAACGUUUAUUUCCGUGUGACUGGUGCGUACGUAUUCACAUUUAAGUAAGGAUGUUAAUAAGUGUUAGCCUAUAAAAUUCCACAUUGUCUUAUUUUCUCUUUUAAUGAAAAUUUUGUAAAACAUUUAUUUGGUAAAAUUCUUUUUAAUUAUAACAGUUACAUAUUAUUGUAGUGUUCAAUAUUGUGAUUUAUUUAAUAAUGAAUAUGGCGACAAUGAUUUAUAAUUUUUCAUAAGUUCCUAUUUUUUAAUUGUUUUUCUACGCACAAUAACUAUAUUUGUUUGUAUGAGAGCAACAGCCCUGCCCAAUAUUUAAUAAUUUAGUGAUAGCAACUCCAUAGCUGGUAAUUAUGAAAAUUAUAGCUUUGCUACGGGUUUAUAAUAGCGUGUGUUAAUUUUCAGUUGUUAUAUCAAAAUGGACACCCAAAUAAAAUUUUCAAAAAUA